AACAUUGAAGCGCCGUAGACGCGAAAGAGAUUUGAAAUUGACAGAGAAUAGAUAGCGUCGGUUGCCCUACUGGAAGCAGUAAUCGGUCGGGUUUUUGUGCGAGUGGCAACAAUUUUACGAUGGAGGGUUCCGAUUUGCCUCCGCCAGCUUCUCUUUCGGAGAAAAAGGAGAAUGUGGCACCGAUUAGCCCUAGGAUUGCGGAGUUGACGGAAUCAAGGAGCGAGCUUCACAGCAGAAUACAGAAUUUGAAGCAGGACUUGCAAAAGUGGAGAACGAAGUUGGACUCUCAGGUUAAAGUCUAUCAUGAUGAGCUUGCCGAACUAAAGAAGUCACUCAACACUGAAGUGGAGCAGCUCCGAACUGAAUUUCAAGUUCUGAAGGUAACCCUCCAACAGCAGCAAGAAGAUGUUUCAUCCAGUCUAAAAAAACUGGGGCUGCAGGAUGGUUUAGAAGUAAAACCUGAGGCUGCAGGUCCAGAAGACAUGGAAAGCAAGGAGAUGAGCUCUAAACAAAAACUGGAUACUGAAUUUCCAGAAGACAUGGAAAUCAAGGAUGCUUUGAGAUCUCCCAAAAAUUGAUGACAAUGGUGAAACCUACAGAAAUAUUGUAUUGUCCUGCAAUCAUCAUUUUGGUAUCAACCAAGGUAACUCAUAUUGGGGCUAAUUAGCAGCAGUAUUAAUAUUAUUGUCUCAAAUAUUUGCCACUAUGCCCAUUUGGUGAGAUAUCUUAAUUUUCACUAUGUAGACUUCAAUGGAUUCUAUUCAAUCUGAGCAUGCUUUAGUUAUAAAUCAA